AUGGCUAUGGAUUAUGGCACUGUGUACGUUGCCAGUGUUUCAAUGGGUGCCAAUUACGAUCAGACCUUGAAGGCUUUCUCCGAGGCCGAGGAUUAUGAUGGUUGCUCUGUUAUCGUGGCUUACUCUCCCUGCAUUGAGCAUAAGAACCUUGAUGCUAUGACCCACACUAUGCAGCAUCAGGCGACCGUUGCUGCUUCCGGCUACUUCCCGAUCUAUCGUUAUAACCCGAUGUUGAAGAGGAUGGGCAAGAACCCCUUCGUUCUUGAUACCAAGAAGCUCACCAUGGGUGUUGAUGCUGUCCUCGACAACGAGAUGCGUUUCGGUGCCUUGAAGAAGCGUGAUGCCGAUUUGUACAAGAAAUACAGGUCUGAGCUUGAUGCUUGGGUCCGUGAACGUUACAGCAAGUACCAGAGAUGGGCUGCUUUGGGUCAGGAAGAUAUCUCUAAUGGUGUUCCGCUGACUCUUCUGUACGGCACCGAGACCGGUACUACCGAGGCCUUGGCUUAUCGUGUUGCUGAACUGGCCCGUCAGCGUGGUUACGCUGUGAAGGUCAUGGAGUGCGAUGAGAUGGACGUGAGUGAGCUCCCUGAAAACAAGAACCUUAUGGUUCUUUGCGCUACUACUGGUGAGGGUACCACUCCUAGGACUGCCCUUCACUUCACUGCGCAGUUGCAGCUUGCUGCUAAGGACAACUCCAAUGCUCAUCUGUUGGACGGUGUCCAAUACGGUGUCUUUGCUUUGGGUGACUCCAGUUAUCAUCACUUCUGCACUGCUGCCAAGAGAAUUGACGAUAUCUUCGCUCAGAUGGGCGGUCAAAGGACAGUUGCCAUUGGUCUCGGUAACGAUCAGGAUGAGGACAAGUAUGAGACUGCCUUUGAGGAUUGGAUGCCGAGUUAUUGGAAGUCUGUGAAUGCUCCUGAACCUGUUGAUGACGGGUCCAUUCCCGACUCUCAGUUCGAGGUUCGUGAGCUUGACUCUGAUGAAGUC